AUGGCCGGUCUGGCUCGCUUCAUCCUCCUCCUGCUCCUCGUCCUCGCCGUCCCCGUCGCUCAGCCUACCCCCUACAGUGACAACCUCCAGGACGCGUGCAACAAGACGUUGUUCCCCAAACUGUGCAUCCAGGCGCUGACGGGCAACCCGGAGACCCGGACAGCGGACGCGCGCCGGCUGGCCGAGUUGUCCGUGAACUUCGCCAAGCAGGCGGGCACCAAGCUGGCAGCGACCGCUCACGACGAGCUCAACGGUGUCAAGGCGGACGACGCCCUGUUCAAGUGCCUCGACAGCUGCUCCGACGACAUCGAAGAGGCGGUGGCGCACCUUAGCGGCCUCAGCCGCGAGGUCACCGACACCAAGUUCCUCGAGGUCAAGUCGUGGCUGUCCGCGACGCUGGGCGGCUCCUCCACCUGUGAGGACAGCUGCAAGGACGCGCCCGCCAGUGAUGCCAAGUUGUUCGUCGUAGCCAAGAGCAUCGAAUUCGAGAAGCUGCUCCGCGUCACGCUCGACCUCAUCACCGAGGCCUCCGGCUCCAUGUCCGCGUCCGGCGACGUCGCGGUGCCGCCCACGGCGUAUCAUGGCAGCGCUUCAGGAUCCUAUGGUGCUGCCAGCGCGCCGGACUUCUAUAGUGCCAGCGCAUCCGAGUCGUCCGAGAGUGCCAGCCCAUCCGAGUCGUCCGGGAGUGCCAGCGCGCCGGACUCCUACAGUGCCAGCGCACCGGAGUCGUCCGGGACUGCCAGCGCACCGGAGUCGUCCGGGACUGCCAGCGCGCCCAGCUCCGAAGCACCAUCCGCUGAUGCGUCGGCCCCCUCGACCUCGAACGCACCAACCUCCGAGGCACCCUCAGCUGCCGCGCCAGGCCCCUCCUAUGGCUCCAGCAGCGCACCCAGCUCCCAAGCACCAUCCACUGAUGCGUCCGCGCCAUCCAGUUCCAGUGAUGCGUCGGCGCCAUCCAACGCUCCAACCUCCGACGCACCAUCAGCUGGCGCGCCAGGCCCCUCCUACGGCUCCAGCAGCGCACCGAGCUCCCAAGCACCAUCCACUGAUGCGCCGACGCCCUCGAGCGCACCAACCUCCGACGCACCCUCAAGUGGCUCGCCAGGCCCCUCCUAUGGCUCCGCCAGCGGGCCAGCUACCGAUGCACCGUCGCCAUCCCCAUCGGGCGCCGACGCGCCAUCUUCCGGGUCUGCCAGCGCGCCAUCAUCAGGGUCUGCCGGCGCGCCAUCAUCAGGGUCUGCCAGCGCACCAUCGUACGGGUCUGCCGGCGCCCCGUCCCCGUCCAACGCCGGCGCUCCUGAUGCCGAUUCACCUGCAUGA